GAUCUCUAUGUUAAAAUACAACGGUAUCAACUAUCAAAUAAUGUAAUUAAAAAUGAUGCAUCACAUUUUUAUGACCAGUUGUUGUCAAAACAACGAGAAGAUUCUCGCUGGUUUAUUGAAAUUACAUGGGAAGAUGAAACUAAUACAUUAACAAAUUUGUUUUGGAUGA